GUUACAAUAACAAAUAAGUCAAAAAUGGCUACUGGGCCAAAAAUUGCGUUGACUCCUUUAGAGUUGUUAGAAGGUCAAAGAGAACCCCCUUUCCUAAGUAAAAUAUGGAAUCCAGUAAUUUGGGGUACCAUGGGAUUUGUUAGUGUAAUUGUAGCUAAUUAUAUGGCUAGGAAACCUGUUUUCAGCGGUGUACAAAAACACAUCGGAGCAGUUGUUAUUUGUAGUGGAAUUGGUAAAGUUGUUGAUGAUUAUCGAAAUAAAUAUUUAGCGGAUAAAGACGCCGUUCUUCGUCACUACAUUCAAUUACAUCCCGAAGAAUUCCCACCUUUCGAACGCAAACAGUUUAAGGACGUUCUAGAACCAUGGUACCCGAUUCGUUAAUUUUUAGGUUAAUCUAUAGUGUUUAUCAUAAUUUUGAUUAAAUUAUUUAAAUUCUAA